UAAGCCGGGUGCAGUAUAUAUGUAAAACAACUGAAAAUGCAGCAUGUAUGCCUUGUAACGUGUGCGCAAGCAUGGCCAAAAGUCAAGUGGGGCGGCAAUUGCAAAGGAGAGCUAGUGCCACGGUACAGUCACGUCGAAGCCGAGAAAGAGGGAGAGAAAGCGGGAGAGAAAGCGGGAGAGCAAGAGAAGGAGAAGGAGGAGGCGGAGGAGAGGAGAAGGAGGAACAAGAAGAAAGAAGCGACCAAGGGCCCUCUGCCUGCGUAAAGAGAGAAUAAAAGGGAAGUGCGAGCGAGGCAGCACGGGAUCGGAAGAAAGGAGCAGUGAACGGCCGGGCAGGCGAACACAAAGUAGGGAAUAAUAGACGCGCGCAGGUACAUAUUUAAUAGAUGUUUUUUGGGACGCGCGUUCUCCCUCUCCUAGUGCCUGAAGCCGAGGCUUUCAAUCUCGACCAGACUAGUUUCUUCUUCUUUCUUCUUUCUUUCGUUGCUCGAGGGACAAGCGCUUAGCGUGUGCGCACCAUUCAUUUUCUUCGAGGCGCAAAACCAAGAGAGCGUGGUACUUUGGAAGAAUGCAGCAGCACAGGCAACAUCAAGGCUGUCUCUCGAAAAUGCUGCUAUCGCGAGGCUACGCGCGCCUCGCCCGCUAACGGUCAGCUAAUCUGUACGAUAACGGGGCCAGCCAUACGAGCGCGCGUUUCUGCAUAUACGUGCAUAGAGAAAAGGUGGUUUACUCGCGCGUGGCGCAGCCGGUUUUACGACUCGGAGCGUGUGAAAGCUCACGGAAUGCCUCUUUCGUUGCCGAUGCAUUUUUCGCUUCGUGGGAGCUGCCGCGGCCACCGUAUCGCGGAACGCCUGCAAAUGCUAAGUCACUUGAGAAGCGUUUGCUUUGAGUAGCUCGGGCGUCGAGCUUCAAAGUCAGUUGAACUAGUUACGGGGCUAAUUGGUCGAUCGGAGUACAGGCCCGAGGCAGCGAGACUUCGCAGUCUCGCGAUUAUACAAACGAGCGUCGCCAUGGUGUUCGCCAGCUUUGCCUACACAGCUACUCGUCGGCUGAGCUCGGUAGCGCCGCAUUCGUGCAGUCUGCCGUUACGGAACACCACUAUUUUCACUCGUUUAAGUGUCACUGCAACAAGUCAAGUUUCAAGUUCUCCUCUUUAAGGAAGCAAAGUAAUAGAGAAAUCAUUCGAUCGAUCGCCAAUCAGUCGGAGCGUCAUCGCGAGAAAAAGGACCGAUCAAUUGGAUUAUCGCACGCCCGAGAGCACAGCUUCACGAUAAAAUUACAGGGAGAAAUGGCCUCGAUGACUGCGGAGAGAUAGAGAGAGAGAGCGCCAAGAGAAAACCUGCACGCCAGCGGGAUAUCCUGUCUCUCCUUGGCACUGUACAUCAGCCAGUUUACUAAGGAUUCCCGUGAUAUUUCCUGAUGUUACGCAUAGCUUUACGAGGACGACGACGACGACGACGACGACGACUGGCUCUCAUCAGAAAGAAAGUGCUGCACCAUUGGACAACGAAAGAGUUUGCUUAUACAGAAACUUACUCAGCUCGACGCCAUUCGCCGAUGGCGCCGAUCACGUAGCUCAUCUGCGAGGCUCCACUGUAGAGGCCUUUUCAAUCUCUCCUCGUGAGAAUUCAAAGCACCAGCUCACCGAAUGUCUCUCAAGACUUACCGAAUAAUAGGAGCGAUGCCGUACUCGAUCGGUUAAUCAAGCUCGGCAAGGACAAGAGCCAGCUUGCCGGGCAAUCACCAGUUUUGCUCGGGCAACGCCCGCAUCCACUGUCCUCCAUCUCCAACUUAAGAAGUCGCAAGCAGCCGGCUCAGCUGCAUGUGUCUGCACGCCAUGGACAAGGUCGCCGAUGCGACAAUCGAUCGUUUCCGCAGUUUCUCUGGUUCUUCUCAAAUGUUGCCAAAUGUCCAGUUGUUGUCAAUCGAAGGCGUCUGACGGAUGGAAAGGCGGGAUUUGACAUUCGCUUGAAUCGCGCGUCAUUGGCCUUUAUCAGCGCAACCUUGCAACCGACAAAGAUUUUCCAAGCCACUUGUCGCUUCCUAGAAAAACUUUAUUUGGCUUGGAUGGCUAUGAAUGGCUACGACAAAACUAGCAACAUAAAUAAAAUCUCCGCGAGGUCUGCUAAUUCGGCUCACAGCGGCUCUACGCAAUGUGCCUCCGGUGUAUACGUAUAUCAGCGCGAAAUCGACGUUUGAAUCAGUUCCAACAGCCAAGCAAAAGCCUUGGCGAUCUCUCUCCUCUCAGUCAAGUGUCCGCUCAAAGAGAAGGCCUCAUUGUUGUCUGCGUCAAUAGACCGCUUCUGGCGUAUCUUGCGACCAAUUCUCGAUGCGUGAGUAGAAAGGCGCAUUUCCAAAGCUUUCAUCAGCGAGCGUGCAGUCAAUCGGGCUAGCAACCGCCAUGCGCGCAAUCAUUUGCAUUAUUCAGCUAGAAGCACGCCGCCCGACCCACGAGGCUUCACGAUGUAGCCGACACUUGCACGCCAAUAGAGCAGCCAAGCGGACGCGCGGAUCCUUGUUCCGGACCGAGCAAUAAGAAGCGCGGGGGCUGAACGACGCAGACGAAACCAGCCAAUGUUCUCACGCGCUCGCCCGAGCGACCAUCGCGGCUCGCGACACAGCGGCCACAGCGGGUAGCGAACGGGAGCGGCAGGGCGCGCGCAGGUGUGCGCCCGGCGACGCUGCAAACCAGUUUGGGCGCUCGGCACUCGACGGCUUGUCUCGAACUUCCCGAGGCGCUUGUCCCGCUCACCAGGCUCGACUCGCUCGCGUCCGUCGACUCGCCACGGGAACAGCUGACUGUGGAGUGCCGCGAGUCGCGCCGCACGGACGGGGCACGGGGGAGGCUGUGAAAAUUGGCCGAGGAUGUCCAAUGGAGCAUCGGAGCUCGUCGUCGCUGCGUCUCUCGGACGAGGCUCCCCAGCGGCGGCGGCGGCAGCGCCAGCAGCAGCAGCAGCAGCAGCAGCAGCAGCAGCAGCAGCAGCAGCAGCAGCAGCAGCAGCAGCAGCAGCAGCAGCAGCAGCAGCAGCAGCAGCAGCAGCAGCAGCAGCAGCAAGGCAAGAAAUGUCGCAGACGCACGCGGCGACGACGAAGCGAGUGCACAGAGACGGGCAGCAUCGGCUACGGCUCGUCGGCGCCGCUCGAGUCCGAGACGUCCUACUCGUCGCAUCCUGGGUACCCCGUUUGCGCCAGCGCCGUGGUGGCGGAGGCCGCCAGCAGGCCCGAGAUGCAGAUACAACUCGUUCAGUCGCCGCCGCCCCACCUUCACCAGCAGACUCGACAGUCGAGUAGCGCUGGCAGCCAGUCGUCGACUUCGACGCCGAGCUCGGCCGCCUACGUGGACGUGUCCUCGUCGGCGAGGCUCGCCGGCUCGACGUCGAGCGCGCAGAAGCCGAGGAACGCGCUGGUGAGGAGUCGCACGGCCAGCGCGGCACCGACCUCCGCGUGCUCGUGGAGCGGCUCGGCCGGCGAGCCCGAGAACAGCUACGUGGUCGACGCCGAGAAGGGCAACGCCUACUACAAGGGGGUUUUGCUGGGCAAGGGUGGAUUCGCACGAGUGUAUCUGAUAACCGAGAUCGCGUCGCGCAAGCAGUUCGCCUGCAAGAUCAUCCCCAAGUAUCAAAUGCAGAAGAUCCACAUGCAAAAGAUCGCCCGCGAGAUAAUGAUUCACAAGGAGCUGAAUCACGUGAACGUCGUACAGAUGCAUCACUACUUCGAGGACAGCCUCAACGUGUACAUGCUGCUGGAAGCUUGCCCGAAGAAGAGCCUGGUGCACGUGCUCAAGUACCGUGGCAAGGUGACCGAGCCCGAGGCACGUUACUACAUGAGGCAGAUGGCCACGGGAGUGGCCUACAUACACUCGCAGAAAGUCAUCCACCGCGACCUCAAGCCCGGCAACAUGUUCCUCUCCGACAGGAUGAUCGUCAAAAUCGGUGACUUCGGCUUGGCUACCCAUCCCGAUGGACAGCGACGCAGAGUAACUAUCUGCGGCACGCCAAACUUCAUAGCUCCGGAAGUACUGUUCAAGCAAGCCUACAGCUACGAAGCGGACGUGUGGGCCUUAGGUUGCAUCCUGUACGUGCUUCUGGUCGGCCAGCCGCCCUUCGACUCACCGACCCUCAAAGAAACCUACUCGCGAAUAUGCAACCAGCGCUACAAGGAGCUCGACGACUCGACGGCAACUCGCGCCGGCCAAGACCUUGUGCGCUGGCUACUGCAGCCUAAUCCUGAUCUCAGACCCUCGCUCGAGCUUGUCAAGGAACACCCGUACCUCGCUCAGGAGUACGUGCCCACGAGCUUGCCCGACAGCUGCUGCUAUCAGGUUCCGAGACUGCCGCUCGCUGACAGGCAAAAUGCCCUCGCGAGUUUUUCGUCCAGCUUGAACUUCUCGCAGGCUCAUCAUCAUCUUCAUCAUCAUCAUCAGCAACAGCAGCAACAGCAGCAGCAGCAGCAGCAACAACAGGCUGGCAACUACGAACAGCAGACCCAGCAGCAUGAGUCGCAAGCAGCGGCCCAGCGAAAGUCCAGCAAGAAAAAGAAGGUUUCUAGUUGGCUGGCGAGUCUGCGCCUGCCAAAGCUGCCGCGCUUCCGUCAGCGGAUCAGCAGCGUGCUGUGCUUGGAGGCCCGCAAGAAGCAAGCGUUGACGGGCCAGCCGCAGCACGACCAUCCGUCUGGCGGCACGAGCGUCCAGCGGAUGGCCAAAGUCUUGGAGGACUGCUUGGCGGCGCAGAAUCGACAGCCGAGCGAUAGCGGCGCCAAGUUCGGCCCUGGAGCUAAGCUCGUGGAGAACGCCGCGCCACUGUUCGUCACCAAGUGGAUCGAUUUCUCCAACAAGUACGGCCUCGCCUUUCAACUGUCCGACAAGUCGGUCGGAGUGCUGUUCAACGACAGUACCAAAAUGAGUUACACUCACGAUAGAAGACGAGUGGAGUACAUCAGCUCGGGCGAGGAUAUCACGCGAUACAAUCGUGAGAAAAACGUGCCAGAGCAUUUACAAGAGAAGCUUGGGCUGCUUCGACACUUCACCGACUACAUGGACAAGCAUCUUACCGAGGGUGGCGAGAUGCUAGACCACCGGGGCAACAACCGGCCGCCAGACGUCCGAGGCAGUGGCGCAAGCAACGUGCCGCAGAUGCGUCGCUGGAUUCGCACGAGCAAAGCAAUCGUGAUGGAGCUCAGCGUGCCCUUACUCCAGAUGAAUUUCUUCGACGACCACACCAAGUUCAUCGUGUCGCAACAGAGCGGUAACUACCUCGUGACGUAUAUCGACGGCGAGCGGCGAGCCUCCAGCUACUGGCUCAGCGACUUGUGCGAGAGCGGCUGCAAUCCUGACGUUCAUGAGCGAAUGCUGUACGUGUACAAGGUGGCCAAGGAGUUUGCCGAUCUUGAUUUCGGCGCGCCUUGAAUCAAUCUAAAUCACAAAAGCACAUUUUUUUGUGUCACUGUGAUUCCGUAAAAGCCAAGCGUUUCUCGGCCCAAGCGCACACGCGUCCUUUAUUUUCUUCUUCAUUAACACAUCGCUCUGUUUGCAACAACAUUCAGAUGAUACCUUUUUCCUUUCCGUUUUUUCGCAAAUUAUCGAAUUCAAAGUGGACUCAAGUUGUGGUGCUCGAAUAGUAAUUAACCGAAAACAUAAUUCAAUUCAAACAACGAUCAUGUGAUAAUGCCGAUUAAUAAUUAUAUAUAUCAAGGUAAAGAGGGAAAAAUCGUAGGCACGCCGCUGUACGCGUGUAUAUUUAGUGUAUUUAGAGUUGCGAGUGCAGUUCCAGAGAGAAUAUCAUAUGCUAGUCAAGCGUUCUGCAAUAAUGUGAGACGAGAGAAAAACGAGAGGCAGAAUUCGUGCACUGCCAGCAGUCAUUUAGCGGCUGCACUUAAUGUUGUUUUUCUUUAGCCACGGUAAAGAGUCAAUAUGAAUGUGAUACACUGAGCUUCGACGUUAUCUCUCUGGUCGAGUGCUAUCUAGUACUUGGACAAUUCCAGCGUUGCAUUAUGAUCGAUCCACUUUUCCCCUCUGCGAGACGCUAAUUUACAUUGAGAGCUGGCUCGAUUGAUUUAUCACUUCACAAUUUUUGCAAAUUUUAUAGAACUAGCCAAUUCCUAAAAUAAUUACUUCGAGAUUAUUAAUUGUACUCAUUAUUGUCAAAACUCACUACUGUAUUUCGUUGUUAUUUUUUUUUCUUUACGACUAUCAUAAAAUUGUUUUGAGUUCGAAGCCAUUGAUCAAUUAAAACUUAUAUUUUUGAAAUUCAUUAGAGCUAUAUUCCUGAUCUUUAAAGGAUUAUCACUUAAAGCGUACGUCUCUUUGCUAAAUCGAAAUUUAUGAAAACUAUUAAGCUGGAAAUCGAUUAAAGAUAAAGCAUUUGUUAGCGGCACACGCAGCAUCCGCAAUUUAUGUUACUAUUAAAAUUUCGGAUAACUUGACUCGUUGAUCAAGAUUGAGCGAAUAGCGAAAUCGCGCUAUAUCUGCAAAAGCAGUGUAAAGUUGAGAGCCGAUAUUUGGACGUUAUGCGAGAUGUAGAUACCUGAUGGUAAACAUGCAACUUAUCCGUGUAUUAGUCUUGUCGAGAAUAGUGGAGCGAAUGUCCUAAGUGGAAAAUGAUUAAAAACUAUAUUAAAAUUUAUCAGCAAUAAAAAACGUACUGACGACGGAAGCGAGCUGUAAGACAAGUUGGCGUUGGCGAAAACAUUGUAGUUUUUUCUAGAUAGAAAACGAUAGGAAACCGGCAAGCGCAUAUGUAGGGUCGAUUGAUUUAUACCAAUGUACAUCCUUUUGUGCUAGACAUAUGGUGUUUGUACAGUACCGAAUAGUAGAUGAAAAUAUAUAUCACUAUUUUUCAUCUGCUCGUGAUCUUCGACGAUUCGUGCGAUCGUACUGUGUAUAUGCUGUAAUAAGUCGAAAGCCGUUGUAUUUACUUUUUAUGUAGUUCUAGGAAGUCAUGCGCUUAUCGAUCGUUAUGUUAUUUCUAUAUAGGUAAGAUAUCUCAAAAUAAGAAAGCGGUGACGCUGUAAAGAGUAAAAGUUGCUGCGUCCUUUAUUUUUUACGAAAAGAAAUAAUGUGACGCAAAAGUCCGUGAUAGCCGAUGCAAAGAGGUGGCAACACAAAUCUCGUUGUUAAGUGACUCUUAUCAAAGUCUCUUGAUCGUACAUGCCAUAUGAAUCUCAAUAAAUAUCAUGAGGAU